AUGCCGAAGCUGAAUGGAUUUCAUGCAAUGCUCUGCGCUGGACAGCCAGCGAAGUUGAUGUCCGCUUUCUCUCGUGUGGGUCUGCUCUUCGGCGUGGAAGCUUACUUGAAAUCGUUAAAUAAUGUUGCUAAAGAGAGGAACAUAGACGUGCGUACGAGGCAUAAUUUAAUCGAAGUCGACACUAAGAAUAAAAUCGCCAAAUUCGAGUUACUUGACGAGGAUAGCGUUCCAAACGGAGAGUUCUCCGAGAUACCGAAGUCACGACUUAUGUGGAAGAUUCUCUUACAAAAAUUCCUCUUACAUUUAUAUGGCUAA